AUGUCAGCCUGUCGCAUUUGCCUUCUUCUGUGCAGCUUGUUUGUGCUGCCUUUCCUGUCCGCGAGCUUGCCAGAGGAGGAGGUGGAUGCGUUGCGCGAAAUAUUCGAUGUGGCCAACCUCCAAUGGGAACAGGGAAGGGAUCCAUGUACACUUCCUCAAGUAAAGUGCCGUGAUGGCCGCACACUCAGGUUAUGUCUCAUUUCGCGCAACAUCACUUCGCUCCCAGAGUCCAUUGGACAGCUGCAGUUUUUGAAAACUUUGCGGCUAUCGGGCAAUAAGUUGAGUGCACUGCCACAAUCAGUUGGGCAGUUGCAAUCCCUCCAGGCGCUGUUUUUGAACAACAACCAGUUGGCUGAGCUGCCAGGUUCUACUCUGGAAUUGUCAAACUUAGUCACGCUAGAUUUGGAUGCCAAUCAGCUCACUUCGCUUCCUGCCUCCGUGAUCCACUUGCAAUCACUCAGGUUCCUCAAUAUAAGAUUCAACCAGUUGGUGUCUUUGCCCGAGACCAUUGGGAGUUUGCGAUCUUUAUCAUCGCUGGACUUGACUGACAACAAACUCACGAGACUUCCUGAUUCACUUGGGCAGUUAGUGCAGCUGCAUGCCCUUUACGUGCAGUCAAAUCAUUUGACUGCUUUGCCGGAAUGCUUGGGGCAGCUGAGGCAGCUGUCAGCUUCGCACCUUGAAUCCAAUCUCUUGACACAGCUGCCUGAAUCGCUGGGUGGGAUGCACUGGCUGGAGCACUUCGACCUAGACAAGAACCAGCUCACUUCAUUGCCGGAGUCACUCGGAGACUUGGAGCACCUCCGCACCCUGAGGUUGGCGUUGAACAAGCUGACCUUUUUGCCUGAAUCGAUUUCAAAGUUGCGGAGCUUGGUGGACCUGAAUGUGCGGAACAACCAGCUUGCAUCGCUUCCAGAUUCAGUCGGCAAUUUGAGCAACUUGCGUUUUUUGACUUUGGACUCCAACCGCUUGAGCUCAUUGCCCGAGUCUGUGGGAAGCCUGGGCUUGCUUUCCUUGAGUUUAGAUGCGAAUCGUUUGACAUCCAUACCUCAUCUCAGCUCUCCCCACUUGCUAGUACUGAGGGUCGCCAAGAACAGGCUGAGAAAUUUGCCCGAUUUGCGUGGCAAGACAAAAUUACGUGUGCUUUCCGUGCAUGACAACCGUUUGGAAACGCUUUCCCAGAGCAGUGGUGGCUUGAAAGCCUUGAACGUUGUGCUGCUUCAUUCCAAUCGAAUCCAUGACUCUACGGAGAUUUGUCGUAUUGGAAUUGUUGAUUUGAAAACACUUUACUUGCACAGCAACGCCCUGAGAGUCAUACCACCGUGCUUGAGUCAGCUCAAGUCUUUGGAGGUUUUGACCCUGCACCGCAAUGCCUUAACAGGAGAAGUGCCUGGAAGACUUUUUGAGCUUCCGAAAUUGAAUGUUCUCACCCUCCAUGGGAACAGAUUGCACGGGACUCUUCCUCCAGAGUUGGCGACUGUUGCUUUACAUUGUCCCAAAACAUGCAAAAUUUGCGGUACUGCCAGUGCACGGGGUCCUGUCCUGCUGCUGCACGACAACCGGCUUUCAUGCAGCUUACCGGAAGAAGUGACGAACUGGCCACAAGACAUGCGUUCAAUCUCCCUGGUUGGAAACAUGUUGGGAAAUGGAACCCGUGAAUUGCCACAGUGGAUCCACAGUGAUGAACAUCAGCCCUUCUUGUAUGUAUCAGGCAACACGGCAAAUCAGAUAUUCAGACGGAUGGUGCUGCUGGCGUCGAUGUGUGCAUUGUGUGGUUUGCUGCUCGUCCUGGCCGAAAAGGACGCAUAUCGGCAAAUUCUUGUCGCAAAAGCCGGCACGGACUUGACAUGUGAAGCCCACAUGUUUCUUCUUCAGAUGGGUGUCGUUUUGUCAGUUGCAGCCGGAUUUCUGUUAUCCGCCUACUAUGCUGGCGCAAGUUAUUACAUGUGUGGUAGCAUUUUUGCAUCCACUACUCUGAGCAAUUUUUCCGACCCCUACAACAGCCGAGCGUUGGUGGAGUGGCCUGUUUCACUCCUGUGGGCUAUUUGGAUUGCGUUUGGCGCAUUUUUUCUGCGCUGCGCUCCCACCCCAACAGUAGCCGAGAGAGAGGAGACAACGACAUGGUGGGAUUGGUUUCUGACGUUCGUCUACAGUUGCUGUUGGUGCUGCAUUGUGGCUGUCCUAUCUUUACCUUCUGUGGCCUUUGCACUUGUGGCUGCCAUCCCUUCCAACAAUACCCUGCAGUUUUCUGCUUGGUGGGUGAAGUUUUUCCACUACCAAGCUGCUUUGGUCAUUGUCCUGGUGGACAUGUUCAUCACCCCCCUAGCAGUGGCCAUGUUUUCAGAUGCCACUGGCAUGCGAAGAUCCAUGUUAUCCAUGGCAGCACGCUUGUUUACGAUGUGGUUGGCGGCAGUGCUGAGCACGGUCUAUCUGACCACGCAUUGCAUGAACGGCUGGACCCAGUUGUGGAACGUUUGCGAUGAAAACACUGAAGACUACAAACUCUUCAACAUCAGUCUGGGUGGCAACCCGAUUCUUGAGCCCAAAGCGGACCUUUGCUCAGCCAAGGAAUCUUGGUGGAGUGACAGUGCGUGUCCACGAGCGGUGGUCAACACCAUGGCACCUUUGUUGGUGUCAAAGAUGAUUACCCGCUCCUUCCUGCAGCCCAUCAUCACCUUGCUCAAGUGGCAGCUCUCGUAUCUUGAUCGAGGAAAGCUCUACAUCUUGGGUAGCGGCGGUUGGAUGUGUACCAGCGCAUCCUUAGAGCAUGGGCAGCAGGCAAGUUUGCUCGUGACGUGGGCUGAAGUAGCUUUGCUUUGGGGUGCCUUGGUGCCUGUUCUGCUACCUGCAGUGCUUUUGGCAACGGGAACCAACAUGUUGAUGUGCAAAGUGGGGCACGGACACUUUGGUGUGGAUCGUCUUGAUAGGGCUGCGACCGGGAUGUCCCGAAGGUAUUUGCACGGCAGCUUGUGCGUCUUAGUAUGCUUUCAGAACUGGUUUGCUUGGUCCAGUGGCAUGCAUGGCCGGUGGUUGCUUCUGCUUACUGCAUUGAUCUAUGUGCUUGAGCUGGGCGGUUUUCUCAGCUUUGGGUUUGUUCAGACACGCAGCGUGGUGGCUAUUGUGGAUGACCGCUGCCCACAUUCCAAUGGUGAUAAUGAUGUGGAGAUGAUUCGCAGGAAAAGGGGGCCCGGCCAAGCGUGCCGGGCGUGGUUCAAUGGAGAAUGGCUUUCAUUUUCAUUACUACCACGUUUUUGAAUUUACACGCGUUUGGCCCAGGUUGCCCAUGGCACUGUGAUGUGAUGCCUUCAUUUUUUAAAAGACAACAUCACCGAACCAAUGUUCUUGCAUUUAUUUGUCACGUCACAACAGUUUCUUGCGCGGCAGCAUUUCGCUUAGAUAGUUCCGGACAUUGAUUGAUUUUUGAGCUCUUCUUUUCACCCCAAAACGAAAAUGUCCAGUAGGCAGCCAACCACGGUCUACCCUUGAACAUGCGUGCGCCAGGCCGGUAAGGCCCCAUGGUGGCAGACACUGUGGGUCACGACUGCAAGG